GAGAGAAAGUGUAGAGAGAGAGAGAGAGAGAGAGAGAGAGGGGGCCAUGUACCGUUGGGUCUCGUGAAGAAAAAGGAAGGAAGGAGGCUUCACUUCGAGAUCUGCAUCCCCCUCUGUCUCUCCUUUUUUCUCCUCCCGCACUGGUCCGCUUCAUUCCCAGCAGAUGAUAAAGAGAUGGGGAAAGGGAAGAACUGGUUUUCCUCUGUGAAGAAAGCACUCAGCCCCGACUCGAAAGAGAAGCGAGAAUCGAAAUCUAGUAAAUCGAAGAAGAAAUGGUUCGGCAAGCAGAAAGACCUUGUAUCCGAUCUGAACUCCCCCGUGACGGUGGCGGAGCCGCCACCUCCGCCACCUCCGCCACCUCCGCCACUUCCUCCUCUGACCGAAGAAGUCAACUUAACAGACGGGGCGAAGGAAGAAAGCGGCCAUGUUCAGGCCGUUCCGAUAGUUGCUGAUUCCAGUUCAAAUUCGGCUGCAGAGGCUGUUAGAUCAAGUUACCUCGUUCAGUUCGCUGGCAAAUCAAAGGAGGAAGCAGCGGCAAUUAAGAUUCAGAAAUCGUUCCGAGGAUAUCAGGCAAGAAGGGCAAUGCGAGCUUUGAGAGGGCUAGUCCGGUUGAAGUCAUUGGUUGAAGGGCCAACAGUCAAACGCCAGGUUGCAAGUACCCUAAAGUGCAUGCAGACUCUAUCUCGUGUACAGUCUCAGAUCCAUUCUAGGAGGAUCAGAAUGUCAGAGGAGAAUCAAGCUCUUCAGAAACAACUCUUGCAGAAACGUGCAACGGAGUUGGAGAAUCUCAGGCUUGGGGAAGAAUGGGAUGAUAGUCUGCAGUCAAAGGAGCAAAUUGAAGCGAAGCUUCUGAAAAAAUUUGAGGCAGCUAUGAGAAGAGAGAGGGCACUUGCUUAUUCAUUCACUCAUCAGCAAAGCUGGAAGAAUCCGUCAAAGUUGACAAAUCACAUGUUCUUGGAUCCAAGCAAUCCCACGUGGGGUUGGAGUUGGUUGGAACGUUGGAUGGCUGCCCGACCUUGGGAGGGCCGGAGCACUACAGAGAAAGAGCCCAGCAACGACCUGAAAACUAGCAUCUCCGGAGGGGAAGUUACCACAUCUUAUGCUCGCUACCAACUCAAUCUGGAUAAACAUUCUCCAACAGCCAGCCAGAAGUCUAGCCAGACAAACGGCUUCCAGUCCCCUUCAACUCCAAAGCCAGCCUCAAAGCCAGCCUCAUCAGUAAUCUCUCGCAAACUGAAGCCAGCUACUCCAAAGAGCAGUGCCCGAGUUGCAGACGAUGACUCUGAAAGCAUGGUGAGCAUGCAGUCUAGUAUUAAUAGAAGGCAUAGCACAGGAGGGCCGUUGGUUCGAGAUGACGAGAGCCUGGGAAGCUCCGCCUCAGUUCCUAGUUACAUGGUAGCCACUAAGUCUGCAAGAGCCAAGUCCCGGCUGCAGAGUCCCUUGGGGAUAGAGAAUAACGGGACCCCGGAUAAAGGAACCGCUGGACCUGUAAAGAAACGUCUCUCUUUCCCACCUUCACCGGCCAAGCCGAGGAGGCAUUCGGGUCCUCCAAAGCUCAACAGCAGCAUUGUCUCUGAGAGUAGCGUGACCACUGGAGGGGCAAGCUAAAGCUAAAGCCGGAGUCUCAAUAAAAUGGAAAGAUACUUGAAGAAAAUUGGGAAUGCAAAGUCACGGCUCAUCACAUCACAUUGAUUUCUUUAUUGUAAUCGUGGGAAAAAUAUUGUUUGAUUGGAAAGUUUCGUACCUCGGGUUGGGUUAGUUGGUGGGAGAUCCCUUAUUUGUUAUUAUUUGUUCACACGUUUGACAUACUUUCCUAAUGGUCCGGUUCUUGACAUCGUGAUGAGUGCAAUGAACCGGACUGCCAUUGUCAAUGUCCUGUUUACCCAGAGAGUGAUGUGUUCUCACAGUUGAAUCGAAUAAUUUGUCUAUGUUUUCUCCAGGU